UCUGCCAGCGCUUGGUGCUAGAAAAGCGACAUGGCACCCACAAAACUGGGUCAAAUACAAAGCCUGGUCCCAUCCCAGUCGACAGAAAGAAGAGCGUGAACAAAAAGCUUUAGAAAAGCUUCCCCUCCAAGUUAAUCAAUAUGCUACCCCCGGCCUCAUGACUGAGCCAGCACACAAGCAAGCACGCAGAAAGAACAUUUCCAUUGGUGCCCAGGAGAUAGGCAGAUGGGGUGUUUGUAUUUGGGGAAUCUGUUACUUAUUAGAAGAGCUGGAGAACCAAAUGAACUUCGCUCUGGGAGCGUACCGACUUUGCCCUCACAAUGAAUGCGAAGCUCAAGUGGCUCUUCAUCUGCCAGCUGUUGCUGUGUGACCUUCUCCCCUGCCAAUCUCUGCAUGCCCUGGCUCCGAAGACAACUCCCCCAUCCCAAAUCUCAGCUCGUGAUCCACAUGAAGCAGAGGGAGAUAAAGACUCAACCGUGGAGUCUGCAAGAAAGGUAGUGGACACUGUAUCCCAGCUGCUGGGAUCCAAAAUCAAGGUACCGUCAAUUAUCGAGAACGUCACUUGCAGUGAGCUGGUCGAGGCAUCCCUUGGAGAUGACACUCGAUGGCCACUCUUUGCGAAAGACCUAGUGGCCAUUGCGCUGGUGCCCCUCCUUGCUGGCUUCGGCUGCCGUCAAGAAGCAGAAAAGCUGGUUCUGCAGCUGUAUGAAGAUUUGGGGGUCCUGGACGCAAACGAAAUGCUUUUGGAAUUCAAGGACAUCAUCCAGAAAAACCCAAGCAGGACCCUAGCGGCCCCUCAAGCCAAUCUGGCAUCCGAUGGGGAGCAUCAUCUUCAGGCUUUGCUGUUUAACAUCGACCAGAUUGCAUCCCAGUUCCAGAGCCCAGAAGAGAGCAACAAGAUAAAGGAAAACGCAGAAGCCAAGAAGUGCAAGAGAUGGGUGAAGGUCAACAGCACGUUGCUCAUGGGAGACGCCAUGAAGGUGCACACGGAACUGAGAGAUGCUAUCGAGGAGUGCGAAGGCUUGGGGUACCUCUGCUCAGGGGUCAGCGGCAGAGAGACUUUCAGUGUCAUCCGAAGGAAAGGCAGCCACAUCCUUCCCCAGAUUGACGCAGAGUCCUGGAUUCAAGAAUGCGAAGAGGUCCACCUUGGAACGCUCUACCACCGCAUUGCAAGACGGAGCCUUCAGAAGGAUUGUGACGAUAAGAUGGAGCAGAAGGUGUACAGUGUGGUGGACUGGAUCCCGGCGGUCAGCACACUCUACAAUCUGGGCACAGCGGUUUACUACGCCACCAUAAAUUGCACUGAAGUGGCCAAGGAGAGGGCCAUUCUCACCGCCGUGGACCUGGGAACAGAUGCGUUGAUGGCAGCUACCGGCGGCACAGCAGGGAUUGCAGGAUACGUCGCGGGGGCUGGUUUGAAAACCGGAGUGAAAGCCGGCAUAAAAUACCUGCUUAGAAAAAUGAAGAAAGAGCAAGAUAUCGUCUUCAAUCAGGAUAACUGGACAAACGGCACCAUGACUGUGGAGUAACCAGCUGAAUGAGUUGCUAAAAAUCUAGAUCUUAUUAUUAUUAUUAUUUCACUUCUAGGCAAAAGUUUAUGACGAAAAUCGGUUUAAAAGGAACUGAUGCAAAAUAACACAGACGUUAACACAGCAUUUUAUGUCUCCAAAUAGUUAAACAAGACACAAUUCAGGGUGACGUGACAUCUUUAUGAGAUUUCUUGUAAGUCUUUUUUGUGGAUACCUGCUAAGCGUUUCAGAAUCCCCCUCAGUGUUAGACUAUUUUACUUUUGUUAUAACCAUGUUGUCUGUGUCACUGUAAUAUUUUUUUCCCCCCCAAACAUAAUCCUGAUUCUUUUCGAUAUUUUUAUUCACACAGUAUUGUGCGCAUGUAUUGUAACACUGCAAGAUUUGUCAUUUAUAUCCCUUAUAUACCUACCUGCACAAUUUCCGCUCAGUAAUCAGUGAUAUAGAAACAACAGGCACCCAUGUGUAAAAAAGUUAGACCACUUUUGUGCUUUAAUUAGGCACAUUAAACAACUUCUAAAAAGUC